GCGAUCAGACUAAUGUUUAUUGCACAUUAGCAAACGAAUCAGGAAUUCGGUGUAAAAUAUCAAGUGGUUGAUACAAACUCGUCGCAAACAUAUUUUCUACUGAAUACAUUGGACAUUCGCUGUAAUCAUAGAAACUGUUUCCGAGCUAUUUCAAAACGAUGGCCUUGAAUGACCAAAAUAAAAAAAUUUACUUCAAAGAGAAAGAAAUAAAAGAUGUUGGACCCUCAGUAGAUUCAGACGAUAUCGAACAAAGGAUUGCCGCUCGACGCAUAAGAAUUCAAAACAGGUUGGAGCGCUUAAGGCAAGUUAAUCAUAUAUAAUAAUUUUUUUACGAUGAAAAUAGAGGCGACGUUCACUCUAAUGAAACUAAGUCAAGCAAAAAAGAGAUUGGGUUGGGGAGAUCUCAGAUUGAUCAGAGUAGUAAAAGGAUAUCCAAACUUAUUAGUGAUGGAGACGCUUUUAUAACUAACAUUCGGGUUGCAUGUGAUGCACGUGAAUACUUCAAAAGAACUGAGGACCAUGAACUUAAUCAUAACAGAAUUCGCGUUUUGGAAGACGAAGCAACGAGAAGCCUAGAAGUAUUUAAUAAAAUAACAGAACAAUGGGAAAAGGCGCAGGAAAGUGAAUUAUUAGAUGAAACAAAAGAGAUGUUAGACAAACAAAACACGUUGUGCAAAGACCUUAUAGCUGAGAAAAAUAAGCUGAUUAAUGAACUGAAUUUAGAAAUUAAAGCUAAAGAUGAUCAUUAUGUAAGAGAAUUAAAGAAACGCACAGAUGAUAUUGAUUUAUUAGCCGAACGAAUGGAAUCACAAAUUAAAGCUAUUCAAAGAACCUAUCGGGAAGAACUAAUUGCCAUUGAAAAUGCAUUUUUAGAUCAAAGAGAAAAAUUAACUAGUGAACAAAAUGCUGAAUGGGGAAUGUUGAUGAAUGAAAUCAAACAGAAACAAACUAAUUAUUUAAAACAACGUGAAGAUCAGGCUAUUGAAUAUGAGAAAGAACUUUAUGAUCUACGCACUAAAUAUUCAGAAGAGUACAAUGCACUGAAAAUAUCAUUGGGCGCUGAAGUCGAGACAUUUGAAAGUCAUUUACAAAAAUUAAAAUCUACAUAUCAAUUGAAUUUAGAAAAAUUAGAUUAUAAUUAUCAAGUUUUAAAACGACGUGAUGAAGAGAAUACAGUGCUUAAAUCAAAUCAAAAGAGAAGAAUUACACGUCUACAAGAUACAUUGAAUAAUUUACGUAUAAAAUCAACUAAACAAGAACAACAAUACAAAGUAGAAAAUGAACAGUUAUCUGAAGAUUAUAAAAGAAGAAUGGAAAAUUAUAGUGAUUUACAAAAGAAAUCAAAAUUGUUAAUAGAAAGUGUACAACGAAAUUUUCAUGAUAUUUGGAUAAUGAAUGAAGAGAAUUUGAAACAAUUAGGUAAUCGUCUUUUGGAAGCACAUCGAAUUAUUACUGAACAACAACUUGGCUUAACAUGGAAUCCACCAGAUAUAUCAUUCAUGGAGAAUGUAGGUCCAGUGAAACAGAUCACCAGUAUACCUCCAGCUAUAAUUGCAAUGGAAUUAGCCUUACAAUCUGACAAGAAAACCUUUCCAGAUUCACAGAAUGUAACCUCAGAAAAUAAAAUACCUACAACAUUGAAAGAAGUUUCAUCAAAAACUGUACAAGAAUUUUUGCACUUACUGUGUUAUGAGCCUGAAUUUUUAAUUGAUGAAAACAUAAAACGUUUGUUAGAACCGUUAGGAUAUGAAGAAGGGUUACUUCUACGUCUAGAUACAAUACUAACGGUUUUAGGUGUACAAACAGAAGAAGAUUUAAAUAUGUUAUUUACAUAUUUUGUCGAACAACAAAAAGAUAAUAAAUCUCAGCUUAAACGUGUACCUUCAACAACCAUUGAAGAAUCAAGUGAAUCUCUUCAGAAAUCUCCAUCGAAAUAUACCAGCUCACAAGAUGAAAGUAAUAAAGUUCAAUCAACUGUUAAUGGAAAAUGUUCAAUAAAGAUUGAUCAUUCAGAUGAUGAAAUAAAAGCUGAUGAAUCAUCCGUAUCUCAUGAAACUCAAACAUCUUCAUUCAAAUGGAAUUUAAUUUCACCGGUACAUGUGAUUGAUGCAAUAUAUAAAUUUACUGAAGAUAUGCAUAGAUGUAAACAUCCGAAGGAUAAAAAUAACAUCGAUAAUCAUAAUGAUGGUGAUAAUGAUGAUGAUGAUGAUGAUGAUGGUGGUAGUGGUGGUGAUGAUGAUGAUAAUAAGAACAAUAAAAAUACAAAAUCUACAGAAACUUGUAUUCAAUUAAAUCAUAAAUUCAAAAAUAAUUUACCAUUAAUUACAAUGAAAAAUUUAUCAUCAUUAAAUAAUAUUGAAAUCAAUAAAAAAUCAUUUAAUUUUAAUAAAAUUAAUAUAUUUGAUGAUUAUAGAAUUCGUAAUGAUUCAAAUGAUUUAAUCUAUUGGAAUAAAUAUAAACAGAACAUAGUCACUGAAGAAUGGGAAGAUAUAUGGAAUAAUUUAUAUCUAGCUUUAGAAAAAUAUUACAAUGUAUUGAAACAUCGAGCCAAAUUAAUACAUGAUACAGACGGUUUAAGAAAACAAAAUGCUGAACUACGACAUUUAUUACAACAAUAUAUGAAUUCCAAGGUUAAUUAUGAAUUACAAAUUCCACCAUCAAAAAUUAUGUCAUUUAUUUGAAACUGGUAUCUAUUUGUGUGUGUGCGUAUGUAUCGUAUAAACCAUACAGAUUUAUCAUUUUGGUUUCUUUAAAUGGAAGUACUGAAUAAGUAAAUAAACUAUUUCAUAAAUAUGAAUCCAUUUUUUUCUUUUUCUAUGAUUUCAUUUAGUUAAACUGUAUAAUUUUAUUUAUAGUUAAUCUUAUAGAGGAAAACCCUUCUAAAAUGAAUUUACCAUAAUUUUACUUUUAUUCCCCUCAUAUUAUCAAGUAUAUUUGAGAAAAAGAAAUUUAAAAAGUGCCAUAAUUCUAGAUAAUAAUCAUCAUCAUUAUAAGUGUACUCACUCUGUUCAGUUUAUUUCCAAAUGAAGCAUUGAAACAUUGAAUUUUUGUUAGGCAUAAUUGAUUUAUCUAAGUGUAUUCAAGAUAAGAAGAAACAUUGUAAAUUAUUAUACUCAUAUUGUUAUUAAUGAUAUCGGUAAUACAGAAAUUAUUUACUUUUUAGUGUUUCAUUUCAUGUAUUUAAUUUAAUUGGUUUCAUUAAAUGUAUAAAAAG